CGGGAUUCAGCGCGUCUGCCUGGGAAGCCAAACUCAGGGGAGCUUUAACCCACGUCACCGACGAGCGUGGGUAACUGUCCGCUAGCAGCGAACUAGCCCGGAGCUAACGCUAGCAGCUGACAGCCGCAGACAAGCAGCGGAGUUUUAACGUCGGUGAGUCGCCACAACUCAGCUGCGUGUCUCCGCUCGUCGGUUGUUGCCUGACUGUGACACUUCACGUCCACAGUGCGGCGCUAUGCUGUGACUGAGCCGUGUCCUCAAGCUGUCACCAUGUUGCCCUCCAGCAGCGGAGCCUGGUUCCGCUCCGCCGUCAAACUGCUGCCGCCGAGCAGAAGGAGUCCAGGAUGUGUUUGGUGCCCAGCCAGAAGUGUUUCUUUAAAACCAGGAGGUUUGAAGCCAAAGACGGUUCCACCACGGUACCUGGGCCAGCCCAGCCCUUUCACCCACCCACACCUCAUUAAGCAUGGUGAGGUGACCCCAGGCUUGAGCCAGACAGAAUAUGAGCUCCGCAGACACCGACUGGCUUCGCUUAUCGAGGCCCAGGCAGACAGGCUGGGACCCUCUGUGUCCUCCAGCAACCAUGUGGUCGUCGUCUUGUCCCAUCCGACCCGCUUCAUGACCAACGACAUCCCUUAUCCCUUCCACCAGAACCAGGAUUUCCUUUACCUCAGCGGCAUCUUAGAGCCUGACAGUGCCUUGGUUCUUUAUGGGAAAGGGCGACCAGAUCAGGCCAUCUUAUUCGUCCCCCGCAGAGACCCUGGGCGAGAGUUGUGGGACGGGCCCCGCUCAGGGAAGGAUGGGGCGGCUGCUUUGACCGGCAUCGAGAGAGUUCACAGCACCGAAGAGCUGGGUCUUGUGCUCAAGGCCCUUAAAGGCACCGUGCUUUGGUACGAUAACUCGCAGCCUGCCCACCCUCGGCUCCACCAGGCUCACGUGUGUCCUGUGCUGGAGGCGGGGCCGAUGCCACGCUCUCUCAGGCCCCUCAUACACUCUCUCAGGGCCCUCAAGAGCUCAGCAGAGGUGGCGCUCAUGCAAGAAGCAGGACGCAUCACAGCACAGGCUUUUAGGAGGACGAUGGCUCUGUCUCAAGGAGACGUAGAUGAAGCUGUGCUCUUUGCGAAGUUUGAUUUUGAGAAUCGGAUCCAUGGCGCCAACUUCCUGGCGUAUCCCCCUGUGGUUGCUGGAGGAAAUCGAGCCAAUACUCUUCACUACAUAAACAACAACCAGAUAAUAAAGGAUGGAGAAAUGGUGCUGCUUGAUGGUGGCUGUGAAUACUUUGGUUAUGUCAGUGAUAUCACUCGCACAUGGCCAGUAAAUGGAAAAUUCAGCGCUGCUCAGGCGGAGCUGUACGAGGCCGUCCUGGAGGUCCAGCGCUCCUGUCUGUCUCUGUGUUCCCCGAAUGUUAGUCUGGAUCACAUCUACAGCACCAUGCUGGUUCUGCUGGGGAGACAGCUCAGGCGGCUCGGGAUCAUUAAGACCAGUACCAGUGAUGCAGAUGUACUAAAGGCUGCUCGACGUUACUGCCCCCACCACGUUGGUCAUUACCUGGGCAUGGAUGUUCAUGACACUUCUGAGCUGUCCCGCUCACAGCCUUUACAGCCAGGAAUGGCCAUAACUAUAGAACCAGGAUUGUACAUCUGCAAGGACAGUGACCAGGCGCCAGAGCGUUUCCGUGGCCUGGGCAUCAGAAUUGAGGAUGAUGUGGUGAUCCGAGACAAGGGAGGCCCUCUGAUUCUGUCCUCUGACGCGCCAAAGACCAUCGCUGAUGUAGAACAGGCCUGUGCCCAGAGAUAGGGCAGGGAGAGACAAGUGACCAAGUAAGGCGGGAGGUCGGUGUGCUGUGCUUUUCAACCAUCUCUGUAGUGAUGACGUCGUUGGGCUCAGGGCCCCACUACAUGGAGGAGGAGCACUGCAGUUUUAGUCAAUUUUGGAAACUCAUAGCUCAUAGAUUUGGCAGAAAUUCCUGUGAAAACAUCAUUUAAGAAGACGUUCACAAUAAAUUUGUAACUGGAACUAUGCCUGUUAACUAUACUGUAACUGAUGAGUUCCUCUUUAAUGUAACUGCACAUCAGGGCUACAGUGGUCACAGCUUACCGCAUGGAAACCAACCCUAAUCUUACACAAUGGAUUUAUCCAGUAUUGUUGUGGUGCUAUAGGCAGGUGUCAACCAUAGAAGCGUUUUUGUUCUUCAUAUUUGCUUUUUGUUUCAGAAUAUUUUUCCAUCAUAACACGCGAGGUUAUACACUUUCGUUUGUCGCAUUAUUAAAAUACACACACUUUAAUUUUCUGUUACACACAAACAUGCAUCAUUCUAAUGCUGCACUUCAGGAGAUGAAAACACCAAAUGUUGAACAUGCUUUCAUUGUACUGUAGGAGGGUCAGAAGGACCAGAGGAUAUCAAGUCAAUAUAACGCCAUCAUGUGAUUGAUGAAGAAGAACCUAAUGAAAACUGCUGCUCCGUAUGAACCAUGAAUUAUUAUAACUAUUACACCAAUGCACCGAAAUAUGACAGUGUGUGUACAUAUGUGUGAGUGUGUGUGUGGGAAUUAUGUCUUUUUAGCAGAGAGAAAAAUGUGAUAUGUUGGUAAAUUGUGUUUAAAUAUUUAUAUUAAAAAGAUCUUUCUUUCAUAACUCA